UCAAGAAGAAACAGACAAUCAUUAUCAUCAUCAUGAUAAUCGUCAGCAACAACAACAACAACAAUAUUCCUUGGAAAAUAGUGUAUUUAUUGUAACAAGCGAUGAUAUUAAUAACCGACCAAAAAAUGAUAAAAAAGAUGAAUCCGAAUCGAUUAUGUUUCAGCGACAACAACAACAACAACAACAACAUCAUCCACAUUAUUAUCAUCAUCAACCGCAAACAAACUUGGGUACAAAUAAAAAAAAUAUUCUUAUCACACAUAGUAAUAAUGCUAUUAAUCAGCCAACAACAACAACGCCUUCAUCAACAUUGGUAUUUGGUCGAAUGCAUUCGGAACCGGAACGUACUGCUGUACCAUUGAUAGAAUUAAUAUCAUCACCAUCAUCAUUAUCAACUGCGGCUGUUUUUGCUAAUGUUCCAAAUAUUGGUGGUGGUGGUGGCGGUGGUAGUAAUUCAAUUGAAUGUUCAUCACCUCCUCCAUCCGCAUCAUCAACAUCGGCUGCACAACAACAACAACAACAUCAUCAUUUACAACCAGAACCGUCAUCUAUCGAAUUACAACCAUUGAAUAAUCAUCUUCAUAAUCAUCGUUCUUGUCCAGACAUUUUACCGGAUCGUAUGUCAUUGAUGAUGAUGGCAACGACAAAUUUUGAUUCCAGUUUAAAUAGUAAUAAUUCAAGUUUGAUUCGUCGUGAUUCAAGCAUUACUAGUAGUAAUCGUGGUUCAUUCUCCCGAACAAAUACGUUAAUCUCAACAUCGACGGUCGGAGGACAUCGAUGUUCUAUUAGUGGUGGUCCUACUUCUGCUGGUAUUACUGGCGGUGGUGGUGGUGGUGGUUCUGGUACAGUUGGAAAUUCUGGUUCUUGUAGUGGUGCUGGUGGAUACGUUUACCGGGUCAGCCCUCGUGUCAAGCGCCAUCUGUGGCCAUCGCAUGCGCGUUCAUUGUUGAGUUCCCGUUUGGAACAUAGUUUUCUUACCCGUACAGUAUCCCGAGAGUCGAUGCGAUUAUCCACGCACGCUCUUAAUAUCAAUCCAAAUAAUAAUAAUAAUAAUAAUAAUAACAACAACAACAACAGCAGCAGCAGCAGUAAUAACAAUAAUAAUAAUAACAAUAGUAGUAGUUGCAAUGAGAUACAACCUCUGAUGGCUUCGAUUUGUCACUCGGGUACAUCAUCUAACUACCUGAGCUCAUGUCCUCUGUCAUCACAACAAGGCCCAUAUGCACCAAGUUCGCAUCUAGUGUACAGUCCAACAACAACAACAUUAUUUCGGUCGCAGAAUUGUGCGCCAAACUGUUUAUAUCAUCAACAACAUUAUCAUCAUCAUCAUCUUCAUAAUCAUCAUCAUCAUCAUCAGAAUAAUCCAUUUAAUCAUCAUCAUAGUAUUACAAGUCAAUAUUCAGGACAUCAUCGUUCAUCAGUACUGGAUAAUGAAAUUGCUGAAAUUGCAGCCGAUUCAUUACGAAUCAAUGGUGCACUUCGUCAAUUUAGACAGUUAAGAAAUGCAUCAACAUUAUCGAUGCCAGCUGAAAAUAAGGGGGCAUAUAUAGCCACAAAUUCAUUAGAUGUAACAGCCGAUGCAAGUACACCUCUAAUGAAUGCAGCCACUGAUCAUCGAUCACCACAACCAUUUAAUUCACAACGUUCAUUUGCCUCUAAUUCAUUAGAUAGUGAUAAAAAAAAAUCAUCAACAAAUAAAAGUGGCUUCCAUAAGCCCAAUGUGGGCUAUCGUUUAGGACGCCGUAAGGCCCUAUUCGAAAAACGUAAAAGAAUCAGCGAUUAUUCAUUAUUAAUGGCCUUAUUGGGUAUAUUAUUGAUGGUUUUUGAAAAUGAAUUAUCAUUACCACACAUCUAUGAAAAGGAUUCCGUCUACUCAUAUGCAGUCAAGACGUUAAUAACUGUUUCGACAUUAAUUUUAUUAGGACUGAUACUUGCCUAUCAUUCGUUAGAAGUACAGCUAUUUAUGAUUGAUAAUUGUCUGGAAGAUUGGCGAAUAGCAAUGACAUCACAACGUAUUGCAUUAAUUUGUUUAGAAUUAUUCAUAUGUUCUAUACAUCCAAUUCCGGGUAAAUAUGAAUUUGAUUGGACAACAAAACUUGUUAAUCAUGGUGGACGUUUUGAGACCAGAUCGGUUCGGGUGCCUGUCGAUGUCAUAUUAUCGUUGCCUAUGUUUUUACGCCUUUAUCUUAUAUGUCGUGUAAUGUUAUUACAUAGUAAAUUAUUCACCGAUGCCUCAUCACGUAGUAUUGGAGCAUUGAAUCGUAUUAAUUUUAAUACACGUUUUGUAUUGAAAACAUUGAUGACCAUUUGUCCUGGUACCUGUUUAAUGGUUGUAUUGGUAUCAUUAUGGAUUAUUGGAUCAUGGACAAUGCGUUUAUGUGAAAGACAUCACGAUGAAGAACAUGCCAAUCUAUUGAAUACAAUGUGGCUUACAGCGAUCACAUUUCUUUCAAUUGGUUAUGGUGAUAUUGUGCCUAAUACGUACUGUGGCCGUGGAAUUGCCGUCUUUUCCGGUCUUAUGGGUGCUGGCUGUACAGCAUUAGUUGUGGCUGUUAUUGCAAGAAAAUUAGAAUUAACUAGAGCCGAAAAACAUGUACACAAUUUUAUGAUGGAUACACAGCUUACAAAAAGGCUAAAAAAUGCAGCUGCAAAUGUAUUACGUGAAACAUGGUUAAUAUAUAAAAAUACAAAAUUAACAAAAAAAGUCAAUACAUCCAGGGUUCGAACACAUCAAAGAAAAUUUUUACUUGCAAUCUAUAGUUUACGUAAAGUAAAAAUGGAUCAAAGAAAAUUAAUGGACAAUGCCAAUACAAUCACUGAUAUGGCCAAGCUACAAAACAAUGUUUAUGAAAUUGUUUCAGAUAUCAACGCUAGACAAACAUUAAUCGAUGCAAAAGUUCUUACACUUGAAGAACGUUUAUUAAUUAUUUAUGAACAAAUUGAACAAUUACCUGAAAUGAUCAAAAAAACAUUAUUAUCAAAUCAACAUCAACGUAGUUCACUGCCAACAUUAGUUGAAAAUUUAACCAUUAAUGGACAGAAUAUUACCGUUCCAAAUAAUAAUAAUAAUAAUAAUAGUUUUGAUGAUAGUCAAUCUCAACCACUUGCACCACCGCAAACAUCAUCAUCAUCAUCACAUCAUCAUCAUCAUCAAUCAGCAACAACAGUAACAACACAACCACAACAGCCACCAUUAUCACCGCAUCAACAAACACAACAACAACAACAACAACAAUCAUCAACUAAGCAUACAUUUUUACAUCCAAAUGAUGCUGCAUGCCUUUCACAGCGGCCAUCAUGGUCAACAUCGAAUAUAAGUCCAUCGAAUCCAAAUUAUUCUUCCGGUAUUGGUGCUACUGGUAGUAGUAAUCAACAACAAACAAAUCAAACAUCUAGUAGUAGUGGUAAACAUUAUCUUACACCAAAUGUAUUACAGACAACAUCAUUCGAUACAUAAUCGAUCGAUCGAUCAAUCAAAUCAAACCAAUAAAAAAAAUAGGAAAAAAAAUUAUUUGAAUUUUUAGUAUACUGGAUCAAAACUAAAAAACCAACGGUCAAAGAAACUAAUUAAUCAAAUUGGAUUGUCCAUUUUGUUUUUAUUUUUCAUCUCUAUUAUUAUAUUCGUAUAUUAUGUAAUAUCUCAACAACAACAACAACAACAACAAAAUUCCAUUUUUUUCAAAUUUUAUCCAUUCAGAAGACACACCCAUA